AUGCCACCGAGGGCAAUGUUGUCCAGGAAAGUGGGACCGGUUGCUAGUUGUGAUAGCUGUUACUUUCAUAAUGGAACUAAACAGGGCCCAAUUUCUCUUUCGUUCUCUCUGACUUCCUUACUAUCUUUCUCCCUUUUACUCUCUCUCUCUCUCUCUCUCUUUCUCUCUCUCUCUCUCUCUACUUCUCUGUUUACCACUCUCUCUAUUUCACUCACACCUUCUACCUCUCUCUCUUUUCUAUCCCUAUCUCUCUCACUCCCAUUACCUCUCUCUUUCCCUUUCCCGCUCACACUACUUCACUCUUUCUACUCUCUCUGUACCUCCUUCACUGUCAUUCUCUCAUUUCUUCACCCUCAUUACGCCUCUCUAACUCACUCUCUCUCUUUACAUCUCUUUCUACCUUCCUCAUUCUCAUUACUUUUCUUUACCUUUCUCUUUCUACCUCCUUCACACUCUUUACCUCUCUCUCUGCCUUUGUCACUCUCCUUGCUCCUUUCUCUAUCCCACCACUCUCAUUACCUCACUCUCAUUAGUUCUUUCUCUCUGUACCUCUCGCAUUGUCUUUGCCCUCUCUAUCUACGUACUUCGGUGAUUGAGCUGCUUCAACCGACCAAUCUGUGCUCGAGUGAUAACGCCUAA